AUGCCAUUACAUAAAUUUCAGUUUGGUACGCAAAUCGAAACAUUUACCUAUUGCAAAUCUUCAUCUACUGAUGUUUUGUUAACAUCGUUAUAUUACGAUGAUAAAAAAGAUCCAAGAUCAGCUCUCGUUAUUGCACUCACGGAUUUGAACAAAGGUAUCAUACACAGCCAAAUGAGAUACGAUUUUCAGUUUCCAUCCUUUAAAGUUUUAAAAUAUAUUCCACAUCAUAAAAUAGUAGUCGGUUACAAUAAUUAUCGUCUUUAUCUUCUAAUCAAUCAAAAUGGACAAUUACGUAAUGUGACAUCAACAAUUUGUCCUGGUAACGCAAGAAGAAUUGUUUAUGACAAAUUUCGAAAUACAAUUUAUGUUGGUGGCGAUAAAGGACUACUUAUGCGUUGGAGUUUUGAGUUCGAAAAUAAAAUUUGUUCGUUUAAAGUUGGUGCAUCAAUGAAAACAAAACUACAAAAUACAUUUAUCAAUAGACAGCACAACAUUGUCGACAUGAAAUUAGAUCAAGUACAUCAUCAAUUACUAAUUGUCAUUGAUAAUGGCAUUGUUCUUUUCAACUUAUUGGUAAGUUGUACAAUCAACGGACCACAGAAUACAAUCGUUAUGGGUUUUCAGGAUGGUUUGAUUAAAGUAUUCGAUAUUAAUAGUGAAUUAUUUAAACCUUUGCAAGGUCACAAAACUACUGUUUCGAGUUUGUUAACAACGUCAGAUGGUGUUGUUAUAUCAAGUUCAUACGAUGGUUAUAUUAUUUUCUGGUUACUUGCUUCUUUAACUAAACUCGAUGAAUGGCGUUUUGAUGAAGCAAUUUAUCGAAUAGCACUCGUACCCGGUGAUGAUCUUCUCAUUCAAUUUAAGAAUGAUAUUCAACUUUUUUCUUUUACUCAACCUCUACGUUUCUUUUCUGAUACUGAUUACGAAAUUGAACAAGUUCGCUUGACAUUACCUGUCGGUAGUAUACCAACACGAAUUGUUUUACGUAGUAAUCAAAAUGAAUUUGCUUUGUAUAAUCCUCGUUCAACUCAAAUGAUUAAUGUGACUCAAUUACAUCCUGAUAAAAUGUAUGUCAUCGAUUUUGUCUAUGAUUCAGCCGGUGAAAUGUUGUAUGUAAUGACUACACGUCAAGUGUGUAGUUAUUCUUGUUCACAACAACCUUGCUAUUUAAAAAAUAUUUUUGAAAUUGAUACCCAAUGUCUUUUUACAAAAUUAUCUUGUCUGAUGUGGUUUUCUCAUUCACCACUAUUCGCUCGUAAACGACGAGCAUUUGGUAUUGUGUUUGUUGGUACCAGUGAUGGCAAAAUGUAUUUAAUUCCUGGUGAACAUAAUUUAAAAUAUGCCGUUGAGCAAUCUUUAGCAAAUUCAAUAUUAUCAAAUUAUGUUCAACUUCAUGAAUCAUCAGUCGAGUGGCUUGAAGUUUAUCAAUCAUAUGAAACGUAUUUUACACGAAGAGGUGUGAAAUGGCUUUUUACGGUUGGAAGUGAUUUAACAGCAAAAUUAUAUCAUGUUUCAAUAGAUGGUUUUGAAAUAUUUCUUAGACAACGAUUAAAAAUACAAUUGGAUGCUGAAUGUGUGGGAAGUGCAAUGGCCAAUAGUCAUCUUGCCGUGGCUUGUGCAGCCAGAGGUUAUUUAAAUAUGCACUCGAUUGUUCUUGAAUAUGACUACACUGUCGAUAUAACAUCAAAAGACAUUUUACACGAAUUUGCACCAAUCAAAUGUGUUAGUGGUUGUGAUGCAUUAGGAAUAUUUUCAACUGUCAAUGCUGUCAAUGACAUUAUGUUGUGGAACACCAGGAAUGAAAUUAUUCGUAAAUUGUCAUGUGUGUUUCAAAUUACGACAGCUAAUUAUCUAAAUGAAAGAGGUGAUUUAUUAUUAACAUCGAAUAGACGAUUGUAUUUUAUUAUGAUAAGUGAUUUUGCGCCUGAACAAAUAUUGAUCGCUUUAAGUAAAAAGAAAAUAAAGGUACGUAUAGAUCAUCCACUUAAAAUAAGGCGAUAA